AUGGAUUCGCCCCUGAACCUAACCCACUCUUCCCUCUCCACCCCCGCCCCUGGGGAGACCAACCACAGCAGCCUGGGCGCCUCCGAAGACUCGCGCCCCAGCGCCCUCCUCUCCGUCUUCGGCGUGCUGGUUCUGACCUUGCUGGGCUUCCUGGUGGCGGCAACGUUCUCCUGGAACCUGCUGGUGCUGGCCACCAUUCUCCGUGUGCGCACCUUCCAUCGCGUUCCGCACAACUUGGUGGCGUCCAUGGCCAUCUCGGACGUGCUGGUGGCCGCUCUGGUCAUGCCCCUGAGCCUGGUGCACGAGCUGUCCGGGCGGCGCUGGCAGCUGGGCAGGCGGCUGUGCCAGCUGUGGAUCGCCUGCGACGUGCUCUGCUGCACGGCCAGCAUCUGGAACGUGACGGCCAUCGCGCUGGACCGCUACUGGUCCAUCACCCGCCACCUGGGCUACACCCUGCGCACCCGCAGGCGCGUCUCCAACGUCAUGAUCGUGCUCACCUGGGCGCUGUCGGCCGUGAUCUCCCUGGCGCCGCUGCUCUUCGGCUGGGGGGAGACCUACUCCGAGGACAGCGAGGAGUGCCAGGUGAGCCGCGAGCCCUGCUACACCGUGUUCUCCACCGUGGGCGCCUUCUACCUGCCGCUCUGCGUCGUGCUCUUCGUGUACUGGAAGAUCUACAAGGCGGCCAGGUUCCGCGUGGGCCCCAGGGAGACCAGCAGCGCCUCGCCCAUAGCGGAGGCUGCCGAGGCAAAGGCCUCUACUCAGCAGCCUCAGAUGGUGUUCACGGUCCGCCACACCACCGUCACCUUCCAGACAGAAGGGGACACGUGGAGGGAACAGAAAGAGCAGAAAGCUGCCCUGAUGGUGGGCAUUCUCAUCGGGGUGUUUGCGCUCUGCUGGAUCCCCUUCUUCACCACGGAGCUCAUCAGCCCCCUGUGCUCCUGCGACAUCCCCGCCAUCUGGAAGAGCAUCUUCCUUUGGCUUGGCUACUCCAACUCCUUCUUUAACCCCCUGAUCUAUACAGCUUUCAACAAGAACUACAACAGCGCCUUCAAGAACUUCUUUUCUAAGCAACACUGAGCAUGAGGCCCGGGGAUGGGAAGGAGCGAUCCUGUAACCCAAUUCUACCUACUUCCCCAUAAAUACCCAGCGCCACAUGGAAGAGGCAAGUCCUUGGAGUUCUCUGGGGUCGUCUUCGGCACUAGCCCUCAUUUCCACGCUCCUAGGCAGGAAUGUGGGUCAUCACAGGCAGUUUUGGUGACCUUAUUGACCUAACUUACCUGUUAUUGCUCACUCUGCACCUCCCAGCCAUGGACUUUUCCCAUGAAGUGCCCUUUCCUCCCCCAAAUCCACUCCAGUGCGGACAUCGUCCUUGCCCCGGAGAAGUCAAACAAAGCAGAUGAGAGGGAGGAAAUGAAGCAACACGGACAGGUUGAGAAUGGAUAGGAAAUGAUGAAUUAAAAGUCAUUUUGGGCACAUCUGAAGGGUAGGAAAUCAUAAUUCCAAGUUUGGUGGAAUAGUCCUUAUUUUGAACAUUCCAUUCUAUGCUCCUAGUAAGGAUACCCUAGUACUUAUCAUGUACAUCCCAGUGUCUGGUCAUAAAAUAUUAUCUCUGAACAUAUUAAAGUAUAUAGCCACAGCUGCAAGAUGAGUGAAUAUUGGCUUUAAGGCUUUGUUUGUGGUAACAAUGUGUGUGUGCACACACACACAUACACACACACAGCUCUGGAGGAGGUGAAUGUUCCAUUUGGCCGGUUUAUUCUAAAAUUCAACCCAUCAAUUUGGAACAGGAGCUAGAAGUCAAAACAAAUAUCUCCCAGCAUUCUGAGGCAACUGUACACAAACGAUAGAAAAAUCGACUGGUUCUGCAAAAUCUGUCAAAUGUGCUUCUUUUUUAUGGGUUUUACUUGUAUAGAGUUUAUUCAGAUGUUGCAGAACAAGGACCUUUAUCCUGGGAUCAUGGGGUUAGAGGAUACUGGUCAUCACGAAGUUGGUGGCUUCUUAUAGCUUCAUAACCACGGACUGUGAAGGCGCAUUCACCAAACACAUACACUUUAAAGGGACAGUUGGUUAAUUUGCUAUUUUUUAUUGGUGUGGGAAUGCCCAUUAUGAGGGCAACACUAGUAACUAAUGAGAAAGGCAGAAAUAUGGUAAAAUGUGGCCUCGGUCCUCUGCAGAUUGACACCUCUGUAUAAGUGAGUCGAGACAAUUAAGUGAUGAUGCAGUGUUUCUAGGAUCAUAUAGAGCCUAGGCCAUUAUACAAAACUUCAGAAAGAUCUCGGGCAAUAAAACUGCCCGCGGUCCACACUGUCCCUGAUUCUUCGAAUGCAUGAAUUCAAAAACUGUAUCU